CAGCUUUGCCCCCUAUCAGAAAGAAGAAAGAAAAACAAAGAAGAAAAAGGAAAGAAAACUUCUGAAUAUGAUGCUCAUCACGCUUGGCGUCUUUUUUCUCGCGAAUCUUGGUAUAUCAGCUGCAAAGUCAUGUUAUGCCCCUGACGGAACCCAAAUCGAGGACGACAGAUAUCGUCCAUGUAUUGCGAUUGAAGGAGUACAGUCAAUGUGCUGCCGGAUUAAUGACACAGACCCCGACGAAUGUCGUGCUGAUGGGCUUUGUUACACAAAUAAGACGGGAUACGCAGGAUAUUGGAGAGACUUCUGUACAGAUGAGACAUGGGAUACCCCUAAUUGCCUAUCAAAAUCAAUCUGCAACACUACAGCAGGGGGAAAUUCAAGUUGGACAUACUACAUGACAUCCUGCAGUGGUGUUGAUUACUGUUGUGGUGAUGAUCCCUCAUGUUGCAGCGGAGACAAUAUCUUUUCCAUUAAAGAUACUCUUGUUACGAUCGGAGGUGUAGCUACCACCACUGUUACCGCGACAAGCUCAGCAGACGUGAACGGUACAAAUUCUGGUUCAUCAGAUGAGUCCACUAAGCUCGCAAUUGGCCUUGGUGUUGCCAUUCCUUUGACCGCUAUAGCUGGUGCCAUGCUAGGGGCCGGAUUUCUCUGGGGAAGGAAGAUAACGCAGCGCAAAUGGCUGCAGGCCACAUAUCAUGAAGGUACUGCUGGCCAGUUACUGCAACCAAUACUACAGCACGGGAUUGUUCCAAAUUAUCAUCAAAGUUACCCUCAUGAGGUAUCGGCAUCUCAAUUAUCACCGACCGAGUUGCCAGGGGGUAAAUGAUGGAUAUAUAUCCACUUUACAGAUCACAGCUUGGAGCCUGGGACAUUGGUGGUAGAGUGGUUAAUACUCAGGCCAGGUCAGGUUAAAUACUGUUAUUAGAGCAGGAUAGCCAGUUGGUUGUAAACCCA